AUGCCCGUCGCCAAGGAGGCUGCUCUGGCACGCGCUGCGAAACCCACAUCCCAAGCACCUGAUGCCGCGAGAUCUUCAGUGCAGCAAGUUCGCAGGGUCCCGAGACCCAAGGCGGUGCGAUGUUCCGCAAAGGGGACGGCUUGUGCUAGCUUUGACGGAGAAUUCGACUGGAAGAAGAGACUCGAGGCCAAACUCGGCCCAGCCACGACAGCAAUAGUCUUCACUGGCGACUUCGUUCUCACACCGACCAAAAUCCAAAUCAUGCUAAACGUAAAUCCACAGCCAACACAUAACCUGGUCUCGCACUCAACCUCCUGCGACAAAGUUAAGUCCUUCGAAUUCAACUACCACAACGUGGGGUACGAUGCCACAAACAAUGCUACGGCUUUGACAGAUGAUUGUAUCAUCAAAUUGGCCCGAGCCUUCCCCGCGCUCCAGACUGGCAAGUUGCCAGGAACUUCUGAUCUUACCGAAAAGUCUCUUAGUGCUUUUUGCGAGCACUGCCCAGACCUCAAAGUGCUCGAGCUUACAGCAGCUUCGCGACGUCAGACCAUGAUAGCGGGCGAAGGGUUCAGAGUCAUUAAGGAGCACUCGGAAUGGCCCCCAGGUCUAAGAAAGUUGAAACUCAGCGCAGAGUGCUACGCACAUGAGAAAACCUUCAUGUCGCCGAUGCGGAAAAUGUCUAAGGCACGAGAGCAGCUCCUCAUCAAACUCGUCGAGAGCCUCUCCAUCUCCGACCUUCAACCUAUCCUAUGGGGGAAGCGGCGAUUCGUCGUUGAGGAGCAGCUGGCCCGUAAGGAAAAGGCCGUACAACUUGGGUACGGGCUUAUGGCGUCUUCCUUGUCAAACUCACACGCAACAACGAAGCUGGGCCAGCCUCCUGGUGUUGCCGACGAUGUGACGAAAAGGGGCGGCCCGAAUUCUUCUCCGCAGUCGCCACCAGCUCUGCUCAAGAGCAUCUACGUCGGGUUCAUCAUACUAGCCCUUGUCGCUAUUAUUAGGGAUCUCGCCCUUACUGCGAUUAUUGGUCAAGACCUUUCUUUCAACCACUUCGACGAUACCUUCCUCCAGCGCCUCCUUCGCUUCCACAACGUCGAUCUAUUCGCUCAGGUGCCAUGGGGUAAAACAUCAAUGGCUGACCACCUUGAGACUAUAUGGAGUCGAGGCAGAGCAACAGUCAAAGCUGAACUCCGCGAUGCCUCCACAAGGAUUCAUCUCCCUUUCGACCUAUGGACAUCGCCGAAUAUUUAUGCUUUUAUGGCUGUCACUGCCCACUUCCUUAACUCAAAGGGGAAGCACCAAUCGCGCCUCCUCGCCUUCACUCAGCAACAAGGAAACCACUUUGGUGUCGACCUUGCGACCACCCUCGAAGAUACUGUGACGGAUUGGGGCUUAGUUAACCGUAUAGGAAUAGUGAUCUGCGACAACGCUACGAAUAGCGACACUUGCUUGGCAUCCUUCUACCCAUGGAUCAACCCCAGGAUGACUUCACGUGACUGCAAAGCACAUCGAAUGCGUUGUCACGGUCAUAUCCUCAAUCUUGUGGCCAAGUCCCUCCUCUUCGGCAGCGACUUCGAGAUCUUUGAGGCUGAGUCGGAAUUCUACCGGACAGUCCAUCGCGAUGAGGAAGAUCUGAAACUUUGGAGGAAGACUGGGCCUGUGGGCAAGCUUCGGAACAUCGUGCGGUUCAUCCGCGCCUCUCCAAAACGGUCAGAACGCUUUAAGAAGGUUGCAAAGGCGGUUGGCGGUGGUUCUCAUUACUGUCUCUUCACCAGAAGCUCAUCAGAGCUACAUUUAAUCCUCAACAAUAAUACCAGGUAG